CAGUUCCGAACACGACACGAGCGAUGUUGGAGUGUCGUUUUGUUUUGCCUCUGGCAUUGUUGCUGACGAUCAGUUUGCUAUCAGCUGAAGCGAUUCAGCGCUGUGGCGUGCGUAACGUGAAACGUGUGAAUUUAAUUCUUGGUGGACGGAAUGCAAUGGCCGGUAAAUGGCCCUGGCACGCAACGCUAAUGCAUCGGACGGGAGACGCGAAAAAGCUCGCUUGUGGUGGAAACAUCAUCGAUAAGCAUACAAUUUUAACCGCGGCUCAUUGUUUGUACGAUCGGCAUAAAUUGAUCGCGCUAGAUCGCUUGGUGGUAAUUUUGGGACGGACUGAGCUGUCCGUUGAAAAACCGUGGAGUCGCUCCUAUGCACCGGAGCGCCUCAUCUUACACCCAGGCUACAAGCAGGCCAACGUCAAAGACGACAUUGCGAUUGUAAAGCUAGCGAGCGAGAUCACAAUGAGUGACUACAUCUUCCCGGUAUGCCUGUGGCCGCGGGGUCCUACCCACGAGGCAAUCACCGGUCGCAAAGGGUUUGUGGUUGGGUACGGAUUGAACGAUGCCGGUAGCACAUCGAGCCACCUGCUAGAUGCGGAGGUACCGGUCAUCGAUCGCUGGACCUGUUUGGAGAGCAACCGCGACACGCUCAGUUCCCAGCUGGCCUCGACGAUGCUGUGUGCCGGGGCACGGGACGGUGUGGGCCCCUGUAAUGGUGAUAGUGGCGGUGGAAUGUUCUUCACCGCCGGCAGUGUGUGGUACAUUCGAGGCGUUGUCUCUUUUGCCCCCAAUUUGGACAGUACUGGUAAGUGUGAUCCAAAGCAGUACGCGAUCUACACGGACGUGGCCAAGUAUUUGGAUUGGAUUACAAACGAACUGGAUAAUGUAACGCAAAGCGACACUUCCGAAAGCAUGGCAAAUUCGACCAAUUUUCUGGAAGGCCAGACGCAGCUCACUGUCAAUCGGGAAGGAUGUGGCUUGGAACCACCCGUGUACAGGGCGUUGACAUCGGCGCAUGUUUUUGCUGCACCUUGGGUGACGAAAAUCGAAUACGUAGGUGAAGAACGGGCGAGUCGUGGUAACGAGUGCCAAGCGUAUUUGAUUACCGAAUGGCAUCUCCUAACACUAGCCUCAUGCGUUGCAGACGUGGAUCAGAACGAGCAGGAAAUCUACGUACGGUUGGGUAAGUUCAACGUUCCAGGCUUACCCAAACCCCAGAUCCGGUUCGUGGAGCAGAUAAUUAUUCACGAGCGGUAUGACAAAUCAAACUAUGCCAACGAUGUGGCGCUGCUGAAGCUGCGCAAAAAGGCAAACGGCGACGAGGGGUUCGUUAACUCGAUAUGUUUGGCCCCGACCAAGGAAAAUGAAUGGCAUUCGUACUGGCUGGAAGGUAGAGUUAAGAAUACUACACGCAUAGGUUCAACGGUUAUAUUUCUGCAAGAUUCAAAUACCUGUAGGUUGGUGUAUGCGGAAGAAGGGAUCUACCUGCCUGCAGACGAUAGUUUUGUAUGUUACGCAUACGAGCAUUUUUCGGUAUCUCGUAUCACCGUGCCGGUUACUGUGAAGACAUAUUGGAACGGAAAGCAGUACCUGAUGGGGUUGCUUUCAAGAUUGCUGCCCAUCCCAAAGGAAAUCCCUGACUCACGUUAUCAAUAUAUUGCCUUUGUAAAUGUGAGCUUCUACCGCAGUUGGAUAGAUGAUCAUAUAUUGAAUUGACGUGCGCGUACAGAUCGAACGUGACGUAAGUGAUUAGAUCGAGUAGAACCAGUUUCAUCGUCAAAACUGAUAUCGCUCAAACUGGUUUUUCGCUUCACACUAAGUCAGAAUGGCUAUAAGAGGGUUGUACAUUUGUUCCAAAAACUGGUUUCCAAAUAAACGUUGUCACAGCAGAGGGUUGUCGCUUAAUUUCGGCAGAAUCAGUAGCGUU